AUGGAUGAUUUUAUGGCUUAUGGAGCCACCUUUAAGGAAGCAUUGGAAAAUCUUGCCAAAGUGUUGCAGUGGUGUGACGAUUAUAAUUUGUCUCUAAACAAUGAAAAAUGCUUCAUGAUGAUGCAAGAAGGAAUAGUAUUAGGGUAUCGUAUUUCUGAAUCUAGUAUUCAAGUUGAUCCAACCAAAAUUGAGGAAAUGUUAGCUGUUAUUUAUGCCCUUAAUAAGUUCAGGCACUAUACCACUGGUUAUAAAAUCUUUGUGCAUAUUGAUCAUGCAGCCAUCAGGAGUUUGAAAAAGUUUAAGUAUAUGCUGUCUAACAAUAGGAUUAAGUUGAUGGUUGCUUACCCCUCAGUUAAAGAGUUUUUGCUAAGCAAAGACUUAAAUGAUAAGAGGGCUGGUUGGGUGACUAAGGUGAUGGAAUUUGAUGUUAAUAUUAAGGUCACCAAGCUAGUUAGAGGUAAGGGACUAUGUGAGCAGCUUGUUGAUCACACAAACAACAGUGAAGAGGAUGAGGAGAAGGUUGUUUUAGCCCUCCAAGAUGAAGAACAAGUAGCUGUUCUUGUUCCUCCUACUAGCUGGGUACAAGAAAUGACUCAUUUAUUGCUAUCCGAUACUGAUCAGGUUGAUAAGGUAUUGCAUGAGUUUCAUGAAAGAUCAAUAGGAGGACACUUUUCAGAAAGAGCUACAACUUUGAAAGUUAUCAAAGGAGGCUAUUAUUGGCCUAAUUUGUUUAGAGAUGCACAUUCCUGGGUUAGAAAGUGUAAAGAAUGUGCCAUGUUUGCAAGAAAAGAGAGGUUGGCAGUGCUUCCAUUGCAGCCUAUUCAGUGGAUUGAGGCUGUAGCACUAAAGGAAGCAAAUGAGGUAGCUGUUUUGAACUUUUAUGAUGAGUUGAUAACUAGAUUUGGUGUCCCUCAAUCUAUAGUUUUAGAUAAUGCUCUUUCUUUUGUAGGGAGCCUAAUAUCUGAUUGGGCAGUAAGGAAAUGUGUUUAUCUCAACACCUCAUCUAACUAUUACCCUCAGGGCAAUGGACAAGCUGAGUCCACAAAUAAUAAUCUUCCUAGAAUCAUCAAAAGGACCAUGGAAGGAAAUUAG